CAGUUUUCUCGCUUGUCAGCAGAGCUGCUGCUAUGGAGUCGCCCACCAAGGAGAUUGAAGAAUUUGAGAGCAACUCUCUGAAAUACCUGCAACCCGAACAGAUCGAGAAAAUUUGGCUUCGGCUCCGAGGGCUGAGGAAAUAUAAGAAAACGUCCCAGAGGUUACGAUCUUUGGUCAAACAAUUAGAGAGAGGGGAGGCUUCAGUCGUAGAUCUCAAGAAGAAUUUGGAAUAUGCAGCCUCCGUGCUUGAAUCUGUGUACAUUGAUGAAACCAGGCGACUCCUGGAUACGGAGGAUGAGCUCAGUGACAUUCAGUCAGAUGCAGUGCCUUCUGAGGUCCGAGACUGGCUGGCUUCCACCUUCACACGGCAGAUGGGGAUGAUGCUCAGAAGAAGUGAGGAGAAGCCGCGAUUCAAGAGCAUCGUCCACGCAGUGCAGGCUGGCAUAUUUGUGGAGAGAAUGUAUAGACGGACAUCAAACAUGGUUGGACUGAGCUAUCCACCAGCUGUUAUUGAAGCAUUAAAGGAUGUGGACAAGUGGUCCUUUGAUGUCUUUUCCCUCAAUGAAGCCAGUGGGGACCAUGCACUGAAAUUCAUUUUCUAUGAGUUACUUACUCGCUAUGAUUUGAUCAGUCGUUUCAAGAUCCCCAUUUCUGCACUUGUCUCAUUUGUGGAGGCCCUGGAAGUGGGAUACAGCAAGCACAAAAAUCCUUACCACAAUUUGAUGCAUGCUGCUGACGUCACACAGACUGUGCAUUACCUUCUCUAUAAGACAGGAGUAGCAAACUGGCUGACGGAGCUGGAGAUCUUUGCUAUAAUCUUCUCAGCUGCCAUCCAUGACUACGAGCACACCGGAACCACCAACAAUUUCCACAUUCAGACCCGGUCUGACCCAGCGAUUCUGUACAACGAUAGGUCUGUUUUAGAAAAUCACCAUUUGAGUGCAGCCUAUCGCCUUCUGCAGGAGGAUGAGGAAAUGAAUAUUUUGAUCAACCUCUCGAAGGAUGACUGGAGGGAGUUUCGGACCUUGGUAAUUGAGAUGGUGAUGGCCACAGAUAUGUCCUGUCAUUUUCAGCAAAUCAAAGCAAUGAAGACUGCUCUUCAACAGCCAGAAGCAAUUGAAAAGCCAAAAGCAUUAUCCUUGAUGUUGCACACGGCAGACAUCAGCCAUCCAGCAAAAGCGUGGGAGCUCCACCAUCGCUGGACCAUGUCACUCCUGGAGGAGUUCUUUAGACAGGGCGAUAGAGAAGCAGAGCUGGGUCUGCCUUUUUCUCCUUUGUGUGAUCGGAAGUCCACCAUGGUUGCCCAGUCACAAGUAGGUUUCAUUGAUUUCAUUGUGGAACCCACCUUCACUGUGCUCACAGACAUGACAGAAAAGAUCGUGAGUCCAUUCAUUGAUGAACCCUCUCAAAGUGGGGGCACCGGGCAGAGGCGUUCAAGUUUGAACAACAUCAGUUCAACAGAUGUAAAGCGAUCAGGUGUCAAGAGCUCUGGCUCAGAGGGAAGUGCCCCAAUCAACAACUCUGUCAUCCCUGUUGACUAUAAGAGCUUUAAAGCCACUUGGACUGAGGUGGUACACAUUAACCGGGAGAGAUGGAGGGCCAAGGUGCCCAAAGAGGAGAAGGCCAAGAAGGAGGCGGAGGAAAAGGCUCGCCGGGCUGCAGAGGAGAAGCAAAAGGAAAUGGAAGCCAAAAGCCAAGCCGAAGAAAGUGCGUCUGGCAAAGCUGAGAAAAAGGCGUCUGGGGAAGCUAAGAAUCAAGUCAACGGAGCACGAACAAAUAAAAGCAACAACCCUCAUGGGAGAAAUUCCAAAACUGAAAAAUCAUCGGGAGAGAAGCAGCAGAAUGGUGACUUGAAAGAUGGUAAAAAUAAGACAGGCAAGAAGGAUCAAUCUGAUGUCGGAAAUGAUUCAAAGAAAACAGAUGACACCCACAAGCUAGAAGAGCUGUUAAAAAUGCAACGUCAAGCAAGUAUCGAAGCUUUCUCUUUGUGUUUAUUCUUAGUGUUUUAAACCAAAGGGCAGCCUGAUCUCCAAGUGAUGAUGACUGUAUUUCAUAAGUAUUAGUUAUCUACAAUAUAUGCUAUUUUUAUUCUAUAGCCUGGAGCCACAGUGAAAACAUGAGAAUAAAUGUUUGGUUUUUUUUUCCUUUCAUUCGUUUUGAAUCUUUCUUUUCCCUGAACUAAUAAAAUAAGAGAAAACAUAAAAAGCAGUCAGAAUAUUUCAGGCCUAAAAUCCCAGCCUCAUUUAACUUUCUCUGAAGGACUUCCUUAUUCUCUGGUUUCUUGUUGGCUUCAAAAAUAGAAGAUUCAAAAGCUGAUCAGAAACAAAACUUGGGUGCAGACAACUCUGCCCUUCCCUGACCCAGAGGAGUGAUAUGAGAUGUCGAUGCCUGACUUUUACUUACCUCUUAAUGGGGGUCAGGUCCCGGGGCACUUGGUGAGCUGAGUACUUGGUUUCCUUUAGUGCUGAAGUACUAGGUCCUUAGUACAGAGAAGAAUGGCAGUAAAAUACCUUGGACAAUAUGGGACAGAAGAACAAGAGGCAGUUAUUCACAUAGUUUAAGUUUGGAAAGAAGAGCCAUGCUAUAUAAAGGAAGAAAGAAAACAGCAAAGUAAAAGGAUAAAAGUUAACAUUAUCAUUAUUCUCAGUGAUAGCACAGAUGCCAAGGAUCAAAAGAAAGGAAAAGUCCCAAGGGUUGAACCUAAGAACUAUCCUUUGUACUUACUCUGUAUAUUUGGGUUAAAUGGGUGAAUGUUAGGAAAUGAGGAAAUGAUGGCAUAGGUAAGGUUUCAGGAAAUUAUAUUCCUACAAAUUUACUUUAUCAUCUGUUUAUUCUCUCCAUCCAUCAUCCAUCCAUUCAUCCAUUCAUCUACCCGUCUUAGGAGAGCUAUAGCCUUGGUAUUAUAUGUAGUAAAAUUAAUUUAGAAUAAUUCGUUAGAAUUAUUUAGAAUAAUCAUAUCCUCUAUCAUUUGGGGCAAGGAGAAAGCAUGCAUGUAUACUUUGGGGUUUUGGUGGUAACCAUUUAAAAUAGCUGUCUUGGGACUUUCCUGGAAGUCCAGUGGUUG